UUCGCCCAUCGAGUUGAGUGGUACUUGUGUUUGAAAUUUGUCGUAAUUGGAUUUUUAUUCUGUGGACCUUAAAUCAAAGACCCAAGAAUGGCUACGAGUUUAUCAAAGGAAAACAUAUUACAACCCUCAACACUGCAAGAAGCUAUAAACGUUAUUAAAUUUAUCACAACGUCACAUAAAAAAGAAAUAGCAAAGCUCAGGGAAGCGUAUCAUAAACAAUCUGAAAUUUUAAGAAAAAUUGAGGCAAACAGAAAGACAGAAUUGGAAUUCUUGUCCAGAGAACUACAGAAUUAUGAAAUAAAUUUAGCAUUAAGGACAGAAUCAGUUACAAAGCAGCUAGCUGAAAAAGAUGAGAUUAUACAAAGACAAAUAGAAACAAUAGAGAAACUUAAUAAAACUAUAGAAAAUCUAAGCAAAGUUGAAGUCCGACCAGAGUUUACUGUACCAGAAAUCACGCUCGGUGAUUCGAAUUCUGACUCUGGGAUUGCUUUGGAGCAUGAUUAUGGUCACAAGAUAGAAGAAGUCAAAACAGAAACGAAAACUAUCAGGAAGUGUAGCAGAAGGUUUGCUGAUUCCAUUAGUUUUCUUCGCAGAGUCGACUUUUCCCCAAUGAAGUAUAAACCAAGUCGAGAAGCUAGUAAGAAAAAGGAACAAGACAAGAAGAGUCUUGAUGUCCCUGUUAUUAAUAAAAGACUGCUUACUCGUCAGUACAGUAACGAGAGACCUACAAGCGACGAUGAAAGACCUCACGAAGACGUUGUACUAUCAGACGGUCCAGUCGAACCUAUUAUGCUUAGACCAAAGCAAAUGAAUGAUAGUAUGAAUAAUCAUUUCUCCGAUGACGGUAGCGAGGAUACCAGUGAAGAAGUCUUUGACAGAGUAAUGACAAGGAGUAGCAUUAGACGAUCUGUGAAAGCGAACCCUAAAUAUAAGAAAAUCAAUCGAACGAAAGCGAAACUUCUGGAACAUAUUAAAGUAAAUAUUGUUGACUAAGAAAUUUCUGGAAAUAAUUUCUGUAUACGUGCAACAUAAAUCAAUGUAGAA